CACGAGACAAACCAUGCUGCUAAUAAAAUCUGCCUCUCUAGGCAGAAGAAUUGUACGAAAACAACUGGAUGGCUGGUAUCUGCGGUUAUAAAAGCCAACCUCAUCCGCUCCCGCAAACAUCAUCAUGAAGACUCUCCCAGCAGCACUCGCCAGCAGACAACCCGGACGGCAAAGACCAUCAUCUCAAGCAGCAAAAGCAUAGCCAAGCACUUCAAACGCUUCCUCGCCAGCAUCCCAGCAAGCUCUUUCCCGCGAAAAAGCUCAACAUGAAGUCUUUCACCGCCGUCUCUGUCCUCGCCACCGCGCUCGCGGCCCUCGCGCCCGGCGCCUCGGCGGCCAGCUGCUACGGCUCGGCAUCUUGGGGCUCGGUCCAGGAGCACCAGACGACGGCGUCGGCCAUCUGUCGGGGCAGCGAGUACUACAGCUGGGAGAACGACUGUCAGCGAGGACCGGUUGGUGGUCAGUGCUGCACUCUGCACGAGGCCUGGUUCAAGGGCACUCGCGGUCGUCGUGACUACUGUUGGGACGCAUUCAACAACAUCAUCUCUCAGUGCGUUGAAGGUCAGGGACGCAACGGCGGCGAGUGGACUUGGUCGUCUGGAGGUCUUACUCAGAACUACUACCUCCAGUCCAACCGGGUAUGCAGGAGCAAGCGCGAGCUUCAGCACAAUGCCGUCAACGGCGUCAUCUCCGAGGGCGCCUUCAACGCCACUUCGGAUGCCUCUAGCGUCGAGGCUGAAGAGUCAAAGUAGAUUACAUUGAGAGCUUUGACUAUUCGUGGAAUCAAGGAAGGCUUACGUCAAAGACAAAGCCGCAAUGAAGUUAUGGGGCCACCAUUGCGUGAGCGAGGAUGGAACAACAGUGUUUGGGCUAGUCACUUUGCUCACUGAGCCCGAGUUUGUGCUCAAUAAUAGUUAUGGUGUAAUCUUAAUAAAUCGCAAUGACUCCGAAGAGAUACAUUUA